AUGCAAAAUUCUCCUGAAAUUCAUGAUAAAGCUAGUGUCGAGUCAGUAAACGUUAAAGAUUCAACUUCCUUUAUAAUAAGUUCGAACAGUGAAAGUUCAAAAGGGCCUGAAAACAUAAACAAGAUAAUGGAAAACAACCUAGAAAAAAACAUAAGCUUGCUUAAUUCUCAAAUAACUGUUUCUAAUGAACUCAACAAUAAACCCAAGGAAACAGAAAGCGCUUUAAAAGUUAUAAACAUCUUAAGAAAUAAAACAGCUGAGAUUCUCAGUAUACCAAACAAUCGCGAAUUAGAAAUAGAUUUCAGAACAACUUGCUCAGCAAUUCAGAACAAUUCUAGCCUUCACGAUCCACUAUUAAUGCAAGCUUACCAAGAUUAUCUUAAUGCUUAUCAACGAAAAGCAUCUCUUUAUAAUAUUGCAAGAGAUUAUGAAGAAAAUAGAACUAAUUUAUAUAUUUAUAACACUGAAACUGAAACCGAAGAAGUCAAAACCGUUCAAAUUCCACAGCCACUAAGCUCAUGCUCCUGCAUAACUCAACUUCCAAAUGGUAAGUUAUUCUGUUUUGGUAGUGAUGAAUGCUCUGGCACAAUGCUAAUUGAUAUGAAUGGCAGAGCCAAAAUGCUGCCAUCUGGAGCUCCUCACGGAGUCUCAUCAAUUAUUUAUUUCAGCAACAGCGUCUAUUGCUUUGAAGGUGAAAGAAAUCUAUCUAGCAGAUUCGAUUUGGAUCAAAAUCGUUGAAUUAAAUUAUCUCCAAUGCCAAUAUACAUAAAAAUGGUGACGACAGACCACCCGACCUCUCGACCCUAUUUCUUAAACAGCAGCAGGCAACGGCCCAGCGUUGAGGAUUUAGGCGGAAAGGGAUCGGUAAUCCUUUAUGUAUAGUCGGGCUGGGUUUUCCUCGGGCCCAGGGAGCUAAUCCCUGGACUUAGAUUUUUUCCUCCGGUACAACCAUUGGAAAGGGCAAGGGUCGGCGAUAUCUGUUGGGCGAUAUGACCCUCAGACCCUGAAGACAGUAUUUGCCUAACGAGAAACUGGAGGUUUCGACCUAGGUGGUUGGCCCUUAGAUUCCAGGAGCCAUGGAAGUCAAGACUGGUGCGCGAAGCCUCGUCUGCGGCGGCGGGGAAGGGUGUCCGCCGGGAUCCCUCAGGGAUGAUGAGCGUGUAGAGGUGCAAAUCAUCCGGCCCUUGCGAAAGCGAACGGCACAACUUAAUCUUAAUCUCUAAUGCCAAAAGCUUAUUGCUGGUGCAAUAGUAUAAUAUUUAAUAGAAAUAUUUUGAUUUCUGGAAGUAAAAAUAGAAAUCUUUUGUUAUACUCAAUUGAUAUUAACUCUUUCUCCACAAUUCCUUAUGAAUUUGAAAAGCAUAAAAUAAAGAUCCUGAUAAAUGCAGAGAGACUAUAUUUGAUUGAAUGCUGUGGAUGAAUCUAUGAAAACGAAGUUGGAAGUUACUUGAAUUGGAGACGAAUUAGAAAAUCAUCAAUCGAUAACAAUCUUCAAGUGCAUUGAGUAUAUAAUAAAGGAGGAAUAUGCAUCUCAACUACUAACGGAUCGGUUAGAGAAUAUUAUUAUUUUAAUUUAGAUCAAAAAAUCAUUACUGAUAAAGCUUAUUAUAGUAAGUAUUACUUACUUACUCCAGAGCAAAGCUAUUGGAAAAAAUUUCAAAAGCCCACCCUCUGAGACCUGCAAAAAUUUUUAUGGAAAAAAAUUGAUAUAAAUGAUAAUUAGUCGAUGAAAUCUCUAGCUAAAUCUGUUUAAUUUUAAACAUAUUGCAUUUAAAACAUAAAUUUUAUAUUACUUCUAAAUUUUUACAAAUUGGGAAUUUUUUAAAUUUUGGAAAAUAAUAUUCUAUAAAAAUUUCUAUCGUUAUUUGCAGAUUUUUGAACUUUACCACCUAAGUGUGGAAUUUUUCCGUGUGUUAAAAGAGGAUUCCACAUGUGAAAUCAAAAGGGCUCCACACGUGAAAUCACCUUUUCACGCGCGGAAAAAAUUCCACACUUAGGUGGUAAAGCUCAAAAAUCUGCAAAUAACGAUAUAUAUAAUUUUUUUUAAAAAAAAUUAACUCCUCUGGAGCGAAUAAAUUUUUUUGUUCGCUUACAGAAGGGGGGGAGUUAGAAGGGUAGGUAAAGAGAUUGAAUCAAUAAAAUGAAAUAAUCAGAAUUUUAAGCUUGAUCCUUAUAAUCUGGAUGAAUGAAGUCUAAAAGGCAUGAGUCUAAAAGAAUUAGGAAAUUAUUUAGAAGAAAUCAUAUAUUAUGACAAAAAACUCAAAGAAGAUCCAAAUUACGCUUUUUUUUAUUAUAAUAAAGGCAACGCUUUUUAUUGUUUACUCCCCCUCCUCCGUGAGUGAACAAAAACCAUUGGAAAAAUCUAUUUUUGCCCAAAAACCCACCCUCCGUGAGCAAGCAAAAAUUUUUUAUAAAAAAAAAUUUUAUAUAUAAGUGAUAAUUAGCAUAAUGAAAUCUCAAGCUAAUUUUGUUUAAUUUUAAACAAAUUGUGUUUUAAAAAAUAUAAUUUUUAUAAAUUAAAUUAAUAUGUGCUUCCCAAUUUUUGCAAAUUAAGAUUUUUUUAAAAUUUCGAAAAAAAAUUUUUUUAAAAAAAAAAUUUAACCCCCCUCCAUGAGCGAACAAAUUUUUUUUGUUCGCUCACGGAGGGGGGAGUUAGAAAGAUAUCUAAAAGCAAUCGAAUGCUAUGACAAAGCAAUCAAGCUAGAUCCAAAUGAAACUCUUUUUUACUUUAAUAAAGGCAACGCUUUUUAUGGUCUAAAAAAAUAUCUAAAAGCAAUUGAAUUCUAUGACAAAGCAAUCGAACACAAGCCAAGCAAAGCUAAAUAUUACUAUCAUAAAGGCAACGCUUUUUAUGGCUUAGAAAGAUAUCUAGAAGCGAUCGAAUGCUAUGAAGAAGCAAUCAAAGUUAGGCCAAAUGAUGCUGAUUUUUACUGGAAGAAAGGUUCUGCUUUUAAUGAAUUAGGAAGAUAUCUAAAAGCAAUCGAAUGCUAUGACGAAGCAAUUAUAAUCAAUCCAAACAAUGCUGAUUUUUGCAGGAAGAAAGUAUCUGAAUUAAUUGAAUUAAGAAAAUAUCAAGAAGCAGAAAUAAUCAAUAGCGAAACAAUAAAGAUCAACCCAAACAAUGCCAAGUUUUAUAAUGAUAAAGGCAAUACUCUUUAUGUUUUAGAGAGAUAUCAAGAAGCAAUUCAAUGCUAUGAUGAGGCAAUCAAACUUAAACCCAACAAUCCUUUGCAUUUCUGCAAUCGAGCUAGGGUAUUUGAUAAUCUCAGACAGGAAGAAGCAGCUUUGCAGGACUUUAAUACGGCUUAUAAUUUAUGGCAACAAUAUCAAGAAAGUGCUUUCGUUGGGAAUGGAUGGGAACUAUCUGAAAAAGAUAUCAAAUUUAUUGACGACAUAUUAGGCUGAGAGCGCAUUGAACUACUCCAAAAAUGCAGAUUUAAAUAA